CAAUCAACAAAUCUCUCUCUCUCUCCUCUGUGAACAACAAUGCAAUCGAAAAUGUGAUCGAUCCUGCUGUGUUAAAUGAAAACGACGUCAAUACUUUUGCUAUUUACAUAGAGUUUUAACCAUGAUAUCUCAGAACUCAAAAUUGCUAUUAUUGCUUGUGGUAGUUGCAGAUGUUUGCAGCCAGUACCAACAAGAAUGCCAUUCUCUGGAUUCCGUCAUGCAGACAUUGAUAAGCAAUGUGAAAAUCAUCUCCAGGGGAACAGCCCCAACGUGUGUCAAGUCAGCAGACUGCACUUCUAUGAGCUGUUAUUUUGAUUUGAUGGGAAAAAGUUUAGAGAUGAGCAUUAAAUUGUCUCCAUGUAGUGAGCCUCCGCAAAUGACAUUCAUGCUUAAGGAUGCAAGUGGAAAUAUUAAUUUCAAUAAAAACAUUACGCACCAGACUACUUUUAAUUUACCCACUAUUGGUAUUAUAGAAUCCAGCAUCAGGGUCGACUUUCAGCCUGUAGCAAAUGGAGUUCAAUUUGGGCUUUUCUUGGUGACAUCAACAUUAGGUGUGCCAAUAACCACUCCAAUAGUACCUGACCAGGUGAUCAGGACACCACCAUGCACUCCUUCAUCUGUUCCCAAGGUAACUGGAGGACAGGUUUUGGCUCUAGGAGUUGGCAGUGAGAGAAAAUGUACAGAUAUGGAUGAUAUGUUAAGCCAAGCGCAAAUACCAGACGGAUUUGACUGCCAAAGCCACCAAAACUGCAAUGGCUUCCGGUGUAAUGGAACAGUACAGAGUCAGGAUCUACAGCUUUCAUUGUAUAUGGAUCCUUGUAGUACACCGGUGUCGUAUAACAUCACAAUUACAAGUGCAUCGUUGGGUCUAGUUUGGUCGCACAACUUUACGCACACGGAAACGGUUGAUAUUACCCCAAGUGGAUCUUCAAUCAACUACUACUUGGAUUUGACAAUGACCCCAGACCCAAAUACAAACACCAUCGCCACAUCAAUUACAAUCCGAGGUUGCACAUCAGUUUUUGACCGUCAGAUAUGUCCACUUAAUAAGGUUCUUCUUGAUAGCCUACCAGUUCCUGUGCCCCCAUGUGCAUCAGCACUGCCAUCAUCCUCACCAACAUCAUCGUUUGUCAUGGCAACCACUCCUCAUAAACAUCCAAUGAUCAGUUCAAGCCCCACCACAUCGACUGAAUGUACUGCCUGGGCUGGUAUAGUUCACGAUAUGUUGCAAACAGCCAAUGGAUUUGGAACCACGACCUGCAAUGUCACUACAAACUGUACUGGCAUAGUCUGUCUUGAUGUGUUAUUGGAUCAUGAAUAUUUGGCUCGAAUGGACCUACGACACUGUGUGACCCCAGUUGAACUCUGGAUGAGUAUCAAGAGUGAUGAUGGGAAGGUCGACUGGCAACAGACUUUUACUCACGGUGAUACUGUUGGAAUACCAGGUACAUCUGAUGCUGCAUCAUUUGUUGUCACUCUUGGGAAACCUGAUGACCAACAUGUUGAAUUGGGGUUGAAGUUAAUUUUCAACAAACAUGGAUUAUCUUAUUCUGAACAACUUAUUGAAAAUCAGUUGAUACCAGUUGAACCAUGCAAUGGUAUUAAUUCUACUGAUGUUUCCAUGACAACCAGCAAAAGUGGGAAGACUGACAAAGUAACAGGUGGGCCAACUAUGAAAGUUUAUGGGAUGACAACAGGCAAAAUAGGAAAUGAUAAACCAAACCAAGUUCCUGUUGUAGAUGGAGAUUCCAGUAAUAUUGGAGUCGUGCUUGGUGUGUUACUUGCUGGCAUGAUUGUUCUGUGCGUCAUAGCUGGUCUGUUGUAUUUCAACCGACGCAGACGAAUUUUAAGGGCUGACGAAAGAGCUCUUGUAGAAGACAGUUUUGCUGAAAUAUAAAUCAAGAUUUAGCAAAUAAAGUGAACAAUUUAUACUCUAACUUUUGCCUUACCUGGGCUCAUAGAAGG